CAAACAGCCAUUGAACACCAAUGAGGUCAUGGCUUCACCACCAGGCAAAGAGCUCCAACCACUUGUCGGUAUAGGUUCAAACCCAGUCUGAGACACUGACUAGUGGGAUGACUGGACAGAACGUCCUUGUUUCAAGAAGCAAGAACAGAAACAGAAAGGUUUAUGUGGAUUCCUGCUUUGUUGCUUCAUGCCAGUUAAAGUCUCAGUAGUCGUUCCAGAGUUACAACACCGCACUGAGCCAGGAUUUUCUAGCCUAAAGCUGAUCUGCAUCCACCAGUCUGGAGCUAAACGGAGCAGCUGAGCACCGAUAAGCACCAACUAAAGCUCCACAUUCACCUCUGAGUUUGAACAGAAAUAUGCCUCGGGAACGUAAACCGAUCCUCCUCUGUGUCCUGACGGUCUGCAUCACAUCUCUGGUUGUUGGUGUAGAGGAGCGGCAGAGGGAUGAUGACUGCGCUGACCUCAACAACACCACCUGGCUGGAGUACCGGCAGCAGAGAGUCAAGCUGCAGGUUCAGUACCUGCUGCUGACCAGGAGAAACAUGCACUGUGCUCAGAUGUUCAACCAGGAGUCUCUCACUGAAACACAGCAGCAGCAGCCGUCCUACUUCAACGUCUCCCGCCCGACCAAGGUCAUCGUCCACGGGUACAGGGCGGUGGGCAGUAAGCCGUCCUGGGUGAAGGAGCUGGCCCGAGCCCUGCUCAGGGCGCAGGAUGUGAACGUGCUGAUUGUGGACUGGGUCUACGGCGCCUCCUUCGCCUACAACCUGGUGGUGGAGAAUUACAAGGAGGUGGCGGUGCAGAUCUCCGUCCUCAUCAACCAGCUGCAGAAUCAUGGAUGCAAACUACAGUCCUUCCACUUCAUUGGCAUCAGUCUUGGGGCGCACGUCGCUGGUUUCGUGGGGACUCUGUUUGAAGGGAAGAUAGGACGAAUCACAGGUCUCGACCCCGCUGGUCCCAUGUUUAAAGGCGCCGACACCUUCGACCGGCUGGACCCGUCUGACGCUCAGUUUGUUGACGCCAUCCACACAGACUCCGACUAUUUUGGGAUUUCCAUCCCUGUCGGUCAUGUGGACUUCUUCCUGAACGGAGGAAAAGACCAGACAGGAUGUGCUCGCUCCAGGUUCGCUUCAAUUCUCGUCUACUUCCCAGUGUACGGCUAUGUGAUAUGUGACCACAUGAGAGCACUGCACGUCUACAUGAGCGCCCUGAACGGCUCCUGCCCGUUGAUGGGGAUCCCCUGCUUCAGCUAUGAGGAGUUCCUGAAGGGACACUGUUUGGACUGUGAUGUCUUCAAGGGGACAUGUCCGACCAUAGGUUUAUCAGAGAACAGUGGCAUAUCCAUAUCUCCAGUUCCCAAAGAGCAGAAGGUGUUCCUCCUCACUACGUCUUCACCACCUUUUUGCUCUCAUCACAUCCUGCUGCAGCUGGAGGUUUUUCCUCUGGAUAAGAGCGCCGAGGUUCAGGUGACGCUGACGACUUACGACCAGGGAACAGAGCGGAGGCUCAGGCUUCGGACGGAUACGACGGUGUACAGGAUGGUGUUGUCUCACCCCGUCGCUCUCUGUGAGGUCGAGUCCAUCGAGCUGAAGAACACCGGAUUUCGUUUCUACAGACAGGGAGACAUCCACGUCAAGUCGGUCUGCCUCUCCGACAUCCCCUCAAUCAGGCAGGAGGAGCCGCUGUGCGUGAACAACAUCCACGUCAGACGAGGAGCUCCGUGGUCACAUGACUUUGUGCAGGUGUGUGGCAUCUACUAAAGAUCUACUCCAAAAGACACUGGACUAAAAAAAACACCCAACAUGAAGUCAGUCUCACAUUUUCUCCACCUCGUUUAAUGAUCAGAGAGCCAAAGAACCACAUUUUAAUCUGGAGAGGAGACGAUCACUCUACUACUAACUUUAUUAUUUAGUUAUGUGGCUAAUCUACUGAUCUUCCAACAUCACCACUGGAUCUAUAGCAUGUUUUUAUUAUUAUUAUUAUUCAGGUUUAGCUCCGUCCUGCAGCUCUGAGAAGUGUUGAAAGAAUGAAACCUUUCUCUAUAUUCUGGUUUUAGGAUGUUCCAGUCGGUUUAAUGAUGCUGAAUUCAGUUUGUCUUUUUAAAGUCAAGCAAUAAACGGUAACUGUGC